GCAUUUGAUUUGGUCUAAUAAACAUCGGUGAACCGAGUCUGAGUUAGAGUCAGAGUCAAGAGUCGAGGAUAACCCAAAACCAUACGAACUUUUUAUUGUUCCACACACACAGCACAGACCUAGGAUUACUGUGACAGUGAAAGUGUGAUCCUUUACCAAGUUCCAAGUUCGUUAAACUCCGUGAUAAAUUCAGCCAUGAAAACCUUUAUCUUAAUGUCCUGCCUGGCGCUGGCAGCAGCACGCCCAGAAGCUGGCUAUAACUACAAUCGUCCCGGUGGCGGCGGUGGCUCAGGAGGUGGCUCCCACGGCGGUGGCGGCGGCGGCGGUAGCAUUGGAGGCUUUGGAGGCUCAAGCGGCGGCAGCUUCGGCGGCGGCUUCGGUGGUAGCUCAGGAGGCGGAGGAUUUGGCGGUGGAUCCGGGGGUGGAUUCGGCGGCGGCGGCGGUGGCGGAUUUGGCGGCGGUUCCGGCGGUGGAUUCGGCGGCGGUUCAGGCGGUGGAUUCGGCGGCGGCUCAGGCGGCGGCUUUGGCGGAGGCAUUGGCGGUGGAUUCGGCGGUGGCGGCGGCGGCGGUGGCACCACUUUGGUGCAAAAGCAUAUCUAUGUGCAUGUGCCACCACCAGAGCAAGAGGAAGUGCGUCAGCGUCCCAAUCUGCCAGUUGGUCAGUCCCAGAAGCACUACAAAAUCAUCUUCAUCAAGGCGCCAUCUCCUCCCUCGUACCAGGCUCCAGUCAUUCCAGUGCAGCCUCAGAACGAAGAGAAGACUUUGGUUUAUGUGUUGGUCAAGAAGCCCGAGGAUCAGCAGGACAUUGUUAUUCCCACGCCCGCACCCACACAGCCUUCAAAGCCCGAGGUCUACUUCAUCAAGUACAAGACCCAGAAGGAGUCCGGCGGCAUCUCUGGCGGCACUGGCGGUUUCACGCAGACCAACACUGGCAGCGGCUAUUCGAGUGGCGGCGGCGAUGGUGGCUUCUCUGGUGGCGAUUCUGGCAUCUCGGCGCCAUCCAGCAACUACGGCCCACCCGGCAAGUCUGGCCCGUACUAAGCUCCAAGCUAAACUCACAGAACAUGAACAUGAACACGAACCUCGAACUCACUGCAAUCAGACACAUACUCGGCUCAAGCUGCUGACUAGU